CUUGAUUAUUUUUCGAGUUUCGAGGAUCAAACAAUUCAAUCAAUCAUCAUCUUCUUCUACCUCUGCUCCAAUUUCUCUGAAGACAAGAAACCUUAAAUCAAUCGAAAGCAGCUCAGUGUAAAUUAAUCAAUGGAGAUCAAGCCUGGUUUAUCCGCUCUCGUCACUGGCGGUGCCUCUGGGAUCGGUCGAGCUCUCUGCUUAGCUCUUGCGGAUAAAGGAGUGUUUGUUACGGUGGUUGAUUUUUCGGAGGAGAAAGGACAAGAGAUUACCUCGCUUGUUCGAAAAGCAAAUGCCAAAUAUCAUCCCGGGUUAAGCUCUCCCUCUGCUAUCUUUGUGAAAUGUGAUGUCACUAAUAGAGGAGAUCUCGUGGCUGCUUUCGAUAAGCAUUUAGCCACAUUUGGAACACUUGACAUUUGUAUCAACAAUGCUGGGAUUAGCACUCCUCUAAGAUUUGAUAAAGAUGACACUGAUGGAUCUAAAUCAUGGAAACACACCAUUAAUGUCGAUCUCAUUGCAGUAAUCGAAGGCACACAACUUGCAAUCAAAGCUAUGAAAGCCAAACAAAAGCCUGGAGUUAUCAUUAACAUGGGAUCAGCUGCGGGUCUUUAUCCAAUGCCCAUUGAUCCUAUCUACGCUGCCUCUAAAGCCGGUGUCAUAUUAUUCACUAGAUCAUUAGCAUAUUACAGGCGUCAAGGGAUCCGCAUCAAUGUACUUUGCCCUGAAUUUAUCAAGACAGACUUAGCUGAAGCUAUUGAUGCUUCAAUACUUCAGGCAAUAGGUGGUUACAUGUCUAUGGACAUGUUGAUUAAAGGUGCUUUUGAGCUUAUAACUGAUGAGAAGAAGGCCGGGGCAUGUCUAUGGAUUACCAACCGCAGAGGUUUGGAGUAUUGGCCAACUCCAAUGGAAGAGACAAAGUACUUGGUGGGUUCAAGUUCCAGAAAAAGACCUUCGUUUAAAGUAUCUUCCAAAAUUGAACUUCCUCAAAGCUUUGAGAAAAUAAUUGUACACACCUUGUCUCAUAAAUUCCGCAACGCUACCCGCAUAGUCCGUGCACCACUAAAAUUACCCAUUGGACCACACCAAGUUCUCCUGAAAAUCAUCUAUGCUGGUGUUAACGCAAGUGAUGUAAACUUCAGCUCAGGUCGUUACUUUACCGGCGGCUCACCUAAGCUUCCCUUUGAUGCUGGAUUUGAGGGAGUUGGACUAAUAGCAGCAGUAGGAGAAUCUGUUAAGAAUUUGGAAGUUGGGACUCCAGCUGCUGUUAUGACAUUUGGAGCAUAUUCUGAAUUCAUGAUAGUAUCUUCUAAGCAUGUGCUUCCUGUUCCAAGACCAGAUCCAGAAGUUGUUGCCAUGCUUACCUCGGGAUUAACUGCAUUAAUCGCCCUUGAAAAGGCAGGACAAAUGAAAUCAGGUGAAACAGUACUUGUGACUGCUGCUGCAGGAGGGACUGGACAAUUUGCAGUCCAGCUUGCAAAGUUAUCAGGAAAUAAAGUGAUUGCUACUUGCGGGGGAUCAGAGAAGGCCAAGCUAUUGAAAGAGCUCGGGGUCGAUCGAGUCAUAGACUACAAAUCCGAGAAUAUCAAGACUGUCUUGAAAAAAGAGUUUCCAAAGGGUGUGGAUAUCAUCUAUGAAUCUGUAGGUGGUCAAAUGUUUGACAUGUGCUUGAAUGCUCUUGCUGUUUACGGAAGACUCAUCGUGAUUGGAAUGAUCUCUCAGUAUCAAGGAGAGAAGGGAUGGGAACCCGCAAAAUAUCCAGGGCUCUGCGAGAAACUUUUAGCAAAAAGCCAAACCGUGGCUGGUUUCUUUCUGGUGCAAUACAGUCAACUGUGGAAACAAAAUCUUGACAAGUUAUUCAAUCUUUACUCUCUCGGAAAGCUUAAGGUUGGGAUUGAUCAGAAAAAGUUUAUAGGUCUAAAUGCUGUAGCAGAUGCUGUUGAAUAUCUGCAUUCGGGUAAAAGCACCGGAAAGGUUGUCGUUUGCAUUGAUCCCGCAUUUGAGCAGAAAACGUCGAGACUGUAGACAAAACAUCCACAAGGCAAAAUCCAGUUUGAGAUUCAGGAUACAUGAUUGGAGCUUUUCCUUUCUUCUUCUUCUUUGGUGGCAAGAAAGCGUUUAGUAAGCAGAGAGAGUUCUUUAAUCUUACGCUUAAUAUCAAAUCUAAGUGUUACGCGUGAAAGUACAAUUACACAACACCACACCACAAAAAUAAGAAAGAACCGACAGAAUAAUAGGUUUUAUGGUUUCAGCUUCAAUAAAACUGUAAUUUUUCUACAAAUGAUCAAUGAAUGCAUUUCUUGUGGGAAAUAAGAUUUUGUUUUUUAUUAAUU